AUGUUUUUAUCGCUGCAACCGGAAGCUGCGGAAGCAUGUCGCCGGCGUCUGACAGUUAACAGCUCGUUUAGCUCUUUUAGCUCUUUUCCCUUUGUAUACGUUAUAUUUAUCUGUUUUCCUCGCGGAGGACGUGUCUGUGGGAUGCUCAUGGCCGUGUGUCAGAUUCUUCCGCGCCGUCUGGUGUCGAAUGCAGCGGCUGCACGCCUCUCGUCUGCAGAACUGCGCAGUCUUCGCAGCGCUCUGUUUUCUGAAGAGCAGGCGCGCCAGAGAUCUCUGUAUCCACGGACGGAGAAGAUCGAGGUGACCCUGCAGGGGCCCGGUCUUCAGGGGACGCUCCUGGUCAUGAACAGAGGCUCCUCCACGCCGUACAGCUGCACGCGCCAUCUGACGGAGUGGCACAUGAAGAGCUCCGCUCUGGCUCUGGUGGACGGUCAGCCCUGGCACAUGCACCGACCUUUGACCCGCUCCUGUGACCUCACCCUCCUCACCUUCAAAGAUGAAGAUCCUCAAAUAGUCAACCAGGCGUACUGGCGCUCCUGCGCGGCUCUUCUGGGACAGGUUCUCGACGCAGCGUUUAAGGAUGAGUUUAGUGUUGAGCUUCUGAAGCUUCCAGAAGUACCAGUCACCGCUGGUGCGUUCUGUUGUGAUCUGGUUCUGGACUCUCGUUUGGACUCCUGGACGCCUUCAGAGGAGAAUCUGCGCAGUUUGACGCGGGAAGCUCUUCAGAUCGUUCACAAGGAUCUUCCGUGGGAGCCGCUGGAGGUUUCUGAGUCUGUGGCGCUCCAGAUCUUCUCUCACAGCAGGAUUAAACAGGAAGAGAUUGAAGAAAGAGCAGCUCAAAGUCAGAACGGGACAGUGACGCUAUACAGGUGUGGGGAUCACGUGUCGGUGAGCGGGGGUCCUCUGGUGUCCAGCACAGGUCUGGUGUCUCAGUAUGAGGUUGUGUGUGUCCAUCCUCUGGGUCCGAGCGAGCGGGGCGUCCGGCGCCGGGCUCAAGGGCUCUCGCUGCCUCUCAACCUCACUGCUCAUCAUAAAGCCUGGAACAUGCUGCGGAAAAGAGCAGAGAAACUAGUGGAGAUUCCCUCCUCCUCUACAGUGACUCCUCCUCUCACAGCAGAGACCACGCCCACCCCCUCCACAGUAAUCCCCGCCUCCUCACCCAGCAUUUAGUGUUUGUAUUAUAUUGCCGAAUAAACAUGUUUGUGAAAUGUA